UCGCUCCGCCAUCUUUGUCGGCAGCCCAUUGUUCACUCUGGAGCUAGCAGCGGUUUUAAAUCCCUUCACAUUCCUUAUUAGAAUAUCUUAACGGUGCAACAGAUAGCUGCCCGCAACAGUCGUGGAUUUUCUCUCGGGGUCGCGACUUGUUUUCGGCCAGCAAGUGAGACAGAAUGGACGAUGAGCAGCCUAAAACCCUGUAUGUGGGAAAUCUGUCCCGGGACGUGACGGAGGCCCUCAUCUUGGAGUUGUUUGGUCAGAUUGGCCCCUGCAAAAGCUGUAAAAUGAUAGUAGAUACAGCAGGUCAUGAUCCGUACUGCUUUGUGGAGUUCUAUGAGCAUAGACAUGCUACUGCCACAAUUGCAGCCAUGAAUGGUCGGAAAAUACUGGGUAAGGAGGUGAAAGUCAACUGGGCCACAACACCAACGAGCCAGAAGAAAGACACGAGCAGUCACUUCCAUGUUUUUGUUGGAGAUUUAAGUCCUGAAAUCACCACAGAUGACAUAAAGGCAGCAUUCGCUCCAUUUGGGAAAAUAUCGGACUGUCGGGUGGUGAAAGACAUGGCCACGGGUAAAUCUAAAGGCUACGGCUUUGUUUCCUUUUUCAACAAAUGGGAUGCAGAGAAUGCCAUUCAGCAGAUGGGAGGUCAGUGGCUGGGAGGAAGGCAGAUCAGGACCAACUGGGCCACGAGGAAGCCUGCUCCCAAAGCCACGAAUGAAACAACCAAUACCAAGCAGCUAUCAUUUGAUGAGGUGGUGAACCAGUCCAGCCCCAGUAACUGUACCGUCUACUGCGGAGGAGUCACAACAGGUCUCACAGAGCAAAUUAUGAGACAGACCUUCUCACCUUUUGGUCAAAUAAUGGAAAUCCGUGUUUUCCCAGAGAAAGGCUACUCAUUUGUGAGAUUCAACUCUCAUGAGGCAGCAGCUCAUGCCAUAGUUUCUGUCAAUGGCACUUCCAUAGAGGGCUAUGUUGUGAAGUGUUAUUGGGGCAAAGAAACAACAGAUAUGGUCCAGGGUCCCAUACAGCAGGUACAGAUGGCACAGCAGAACACGCUGAGCUUCGCAGCGCAGCCCUACAGUCAGUGGGGUCAGUGGUACAGCAACACACAGCAGAUUGGUCAGUAUGUGCCCAAUGGAUGGCAGGUACCAAGCUACGGUGUCUAUGGACAGACUUGGGAUCAGCAGGGCUACAAUCAUUUACAUGCUGGAGCUGGAUGGACAGGUGUGGGCGCCAUUAGCAAUGGAGGCAUGGUGGAGCCUGGGCAGGGAGUCAACGGGACGGUGCUAACCAACCAGGCAGGCAUGAGCACCGCUGGCUACCACACCCACUGAUCACGGUAGCCCUCUGUAAGCGCCCGAGGCCAUAAGGAUGAUACUCUGCUGGGGAACGAGUGCAUAAGAUGUGCUCUGUCUGUCACAUCACAAAAUUACUGUUAUUGAAGCUGGUACGCCAUUUUCUCUACUUUACCAGCCCAAAACCUCACCCACUGCCCAAAAUCUGCAAGUGUAAAGAUAACGAUCCACACUUGAACACUGUUUAAAGCUACUGCUAAUGCACCUUGCAUUCCUGGGCCCAUUUUAUUGUUUGGUGUAUUACUGGCCAAAUGUAAAUUAUACAACAUGUCAAGAUAUUUCUAGCACAGGAAGUUUAGCUAAAGAGACAAAUUAAGCAGAUUAAAUAUGUUAGAACAGCAGCUUUCUUUCUUUUCAGCCCCUCAGAGCCAAAGAGCAAGGGCAGAAUUUUAUACCAAUAUUUAAUAAUCAUACAGGGAGGAGAGGCAACGAACUCCGCUACAGAAAGCACUCAAUAGUCCACAGUAUUUCAGCGCAGCCACAAGACUCGUAUCGACAAAGAGGUUUUUAUUUUCUCUCUGCUGGAGCCUGUCGAUCUCACUGUUGCUCUUUUCACGGCUACAAAAUCAAUGCACACGUCUCGGAAAGCUCUCCUGGUGUCAGAUCAUUCUGUAAAAUAGACGUGGGCAGAUUGAAGGGAAAUGGAUGCAACAAAACAAGUAGACGUCAGCGUUCCUUCACAUCACCUCCUGGACCGAACUGAACAGACGGAGAAUCCCAUCUGUGGAUAAGAAGUGUGUGUGCGUGCGAGCGUGUGUGUAUGCAUGAACUGAUGCUUUUACUCACCGAGACAAUAUCCUGGUCAUCUUCCCCUGAAACAAAAAGGACUAUACCAACUUUUUUUUUUUUUUUGCUAUGGUAGAGAAAAGAGACUUUUUUUUUUUUCUUUUGUGCAACUUAAAAAUGCUGACAUUGUAUAAAGAGCUUUUUGCCUUUUUGUGUUUGAUUUCAGGAUUGCGGAAAAGUUAAGAUGACACCAUCAAACCAUAUGACACACAAGACCUUUUUGUGUUUUGUUUAUAAAAUGUUAAGUGGCUGUCAACUUUUAUUUUUUAAAUUAGUUUAUCUCAAAACAAUUGCAGGGAUUACUGCCACUCUUAUCUUACUUAUAGGCAGACAAAUAUUGCACAAAUACCUAAGGCUAUCUUUUCACAAAAUUUGAAAUACUAGGAUUUUUUUUUUCCUUUGUUUUUGCAUUCCACUUUGUGAUUUAUUUGGAAGCCUGUUUUUUUUUUGUAAAUAACCAAGCAGUCUGUUAAAUUGUACUGAAUUUGUAUAAAGACAUGUUAAGGAAGCGUGCUUGCUCCUGGUUGGGUGAAAAUGGGCGACAAACAGCUGUUUGACCGUAGCAUCCCCGUCUGGUGCUGGUCCAUGUGCAGUAGAAAGGGCAACAUUUCAUUCUUCCAGCAGCAUGGAGGACAAACAGCAUUGCCAUGUAAUGCAGAAGCCUAUAGAUUGACCAGAAAUUCAUGAUUUAAGUUAUUCUGUUUUACAACAAUUUAGUGAUUGUUUUUAUAGAUUCAGAAACCCACUUAUAAGGAUCAGAUUUUUACACUGUGGCCACCGUCAUCUUAAUGUAGUUGGAAGAUCCAUUGUGUUGCCUUAUUAAGUGAGUUACUUUUAAUUUAACCAAAAAUCACCCAAGAGUAGGCAGUGCCUAUGAAUGUUUUCAGCCUAUGUUUUGGCAAGAGAAGUUCUGUUGAUACGUCAGUAACAUGGUUUGUGUUUUUUUUUUCUUUGCUUUUGUCCCAUUAAAUUGCUGAUGUUUAAAACAG